GACGCAUGCGCAGUCCGUCCACCGGAGGUCUGAGGGAGCAGUCGCAGUCGCAGUCUCAGUCGCGUUCCCUGCUUAGGCCCGGUGUUUCCCGCUCUCGCGGUUUCCAGGUCCCCCAGUGUGUGUGUGAGGUGAUAGUUUCCAGGCCCCCCUUCCUGAGUGUGAGGUGAUCGUCUCCAGGCCUCCGUUACCGCUUCACGUGCUCCGUCAUUAUGGCCUCCGUAGCGCAGCCCGAAAUCUCCUCAGAGCUGGAGAAGAAAGACAACGCGGCGGCCGGGGAGGAUGCGGACAACAACCCGGAGGAUCCCAUGGACGACGAUGAUGAGAACGAUGAUGGCGGAGAUGGAGACGACGAGGACGUGGAGGAAGAUGUGGUCGUACAGAUCGGGGCCACCUACUCCUGCAAGAGGCAGGACGGAUCCUUCCAUGAUGCAGAGAUUGUGAAAACCCGAGUGAAUAAGCAGGCGGGCCGGGAGGAGUUCUUUGUCCAUUAUGUCGGCUUGAACCGCCGCCAAAACGAAUGGGUGGACAAAACCCGACUGGUGAUUCCCAAACCAGUGAAAGAAGGGCAGGUGAUUAACAGUACGGACCCCGGACCAGCGGAAGAGGGAAAAGCUCCUCUGAAACGAAAAAAUGAUUUUGGCACCUCUGAAGCAAAGAAAGCGAAGGUUGAUGUUGAAAUUGCUCCAUCAACCAAUUCAGCAAUGGCAUCUGGGGAUUUUGCUGAAGAACUGACUUGCCUUCUGUGCAGCGAGCUCUUCAAGGAUCCAGUCAUGGUGGAAUGCGGCCAUAACUUCUGCCGUAACUGUGCUGACAAGGCCUGGAACGGGCAGGAAUCCUUCACCUGUCCUGACUGUAAGGAGGUCAUCACUGAGAAGAGGUACACCACCAAUAGAGCCCUGGCGAACCUGGUGAAGAAGACGGUUGGUACUAAUGCUGCACUGACCACGACUAAACCUUCAGAGAAACCUAAACCAUCAGAGAACUGUCCUGAGCACGAUGAGAGGCUGAAGCUGUACUGUAAAGAUGAUGGGACACUGAGCUGCGUCAUCUGCCGGGACUCUCUGAAACACGCAAGUCACACCUUCCUGCCCAUCCUGGAUGCAGUGGGAGUGUACAGGACAGAGCUGUCGGCCAUUGUGGCUCCAUUAGAAGAAGCUCUGAAGGUGACUGAACAGCUGACCAGCCAGCAGAGCGAGAAGGUUGAGCAGCACAAGACCAACAUAUCUGAGUGCCGGCAGCACAUCGAGUCAGAGUUUGAGAAGCUGCGCACGUUCUUGAAGGAGGGAGAGGAGAAGCUUCUGGAGCAGCUUCAGGAACAGGGAGAAAACCUGCUGAAAGAGAUGGAGAGCAACAUGGUGAAGAUGCAGGAGAACCAGGACAACAUUAAACAGACCAUCACGGUUGCUGAUGAGAGAAUGAACGAUGCAGACUCCAUCUCUUUCCUCACAGGCAUCAAGACAUUCAUUGAAAAGUGCCAGGAGCAGCAGAAGGAUGUGAUAGUAGCUGGGAACACGCUUCUCUCUAAGGAUCUGUGUCAGGGAACAUUCAAGGGGCCCAUUCAGUACUCGAUUUGGAAGCAGAUGAAAUCUUUCAUUGUGCCAUACUUGUCCCCUAUGAUGUUAGACCCUUCCACUGCGCACCCCAACUUGAUCCUGUCCGACGGCCUGACCAGUGUUAAAUAUGGAGACUCUAAGCUUCCACUCCCUGACAAUCCCAAACGCUUCAGCCAGUGCAUCCUGGUCCUGGGUUCUCAGGGCUUUGAUUCUGGCCGCCAUUACUGGGAGGUGGAAGUGGGAGACAAGACCGCUUGGGAUGUGGGCAUGGCCAGCGAGUCAAGCAACCGCAAGGGUAAGAUCAAGCUGAACCCCAAGAACGGCUACUGGGCCAUCUGGCUGAGGAACGGUAAUGCCUACAAGGCUCUGGAGUCUCCUUCCAAGACCUUGAUCCUGGAUUCCAAGCCGAAGAGAAUCGGGGUGUACAUAGAUUACGAGGGAGGCCAGAUCUCCUUCUACAACGCUGAUGACAUGUCUGCCAUCUACACGUUCAGAGCCACAUUCACCGAGAAACUGUUUCCUUACCUGUCCCCGUUCCUCCAUGACUCCGGCCGCAACGUCGAUGCUCUGCGUCUCGUACAUAACUGAGCAUUCGCGUGGUCCUGGCUGAGGAGUGAUAGUUUCCAUUCCCAAGUUGGUUGUGAUUUGAUCGAAUUCUGAAUGUCUCCUGCUGCUCACGUUGGUGGUCUGGUAGCAUUUCUUGUCAGAGGUCAAUGUUUCAUGAGACUGUGAUUUUACUGUAGUUUAACCUUUCUUUUAGUUUGUUGUUUGUUUUUUGUAAUUUUCAAUUAAAUUCAUGAAACGACCCACAAUGA